AUGAAGCUAUCGCUCCUCCUCACCUCGCUGGUCACCUUCACCAUGGCUACCGCCUACAUGGACGUCAAUCCCCCGGCCAGCACCCUUGCCGAGCGCUCGCACACCGGUGAGCUAGAAGACUGCUUCACCAACGCCGAGUGUAUGCAGAAGGGUCUUCCCCUCCGAGCUCCGCGCCGUCGAGGGCGGAAUGAGGCUCGUGCGCCUAUGGUCUCUCCCAUUCCAGUGACAGGCAGGCUGCAAGUGUUCGACCAGUCGGGCGCAUCUAUGGGCUUCGUUUCGGCGUCUCGGAACGCUUACGGAGAGUAUGGAGUGUCGACCUCCAAUCCGCUUUUCGUCACUCUCAACCGGGCGACUAGUGGCUCUCAGGACGUCAUGACUGUUCGGUCGGCUGUAGGGUACUCCAACCUCGCGGCCGUCGCCGGGUUCGCCAAUACCAACAAUAACUUCGGGACCGGGUCAUUCAACUACGCAUAUUUGAGCGGCUCGAACAGUCAGACUCCUGUCGGCUCCAGGCCCGUGUCCCUUCCCAACAGCUUCUCUGACGCAUCUGCGUUCAGUACCCAGAGGGAGCUUGAAUCAGCGAUCUUCCGGUACAAUCCAGUCACCAUGGCGGUCACCCCACACUGGAUCAACGCGGACGGUUCGGCUCCGGCUACUUUCUUUGUAUUCGUCCCCUCCGACGGUGGCUUCUUGGCUUUGACGGGAGACGUAGCGAGCUUCCGCAGUACCUUUGGUACAGGUUCCCAAGUCACCAUGAAACUCGUCAUCUCAUAG